GCCUGCGUACUGCCCCAUGCUGAUUUGGCAAGCUUUAAGGGGAGCUCUGCCAGUGGGAACAAGGCUUCAAGAUCGACAUAUCCAAGUAGACUCCCAAUGUAAGCGAUAUGGAGAACCCGAAUCUAUUACUCAUCUAUUUUUUCAAUGCGAGUUUGCAAAAGCUAUGUGGUAAGCAGCUCCCUUUAUGGGUGAAAUUGAAUUUAGAGGAAUAAUAGAUUUGAGGGAGAUGUCGAAUCAGGUGAUGACUGACCAUGCUUACCUCCUACAGGAAUAUCACAUCAAAUCAUUUAGCGCCUUGGAUCAUGUGGGAUCUAUGCAACAAGGAACAAGCUAGUCUUCUCUAAUAUAAAUUUGGAUGCAGAGGAGUCCCUGUCUAAAGUCAUCGUAAUGGCUAGAGAAUGGCAAGAAGAGCAAGUGAAACCCAUAAGGGUGCACAUAGCUAGCAAACCUCAAACUCUCAACGAUGCAAACAUCGUUCUUAGAUCAGAUGCAGCAUGGAGCGUAAUAUGACCUUUAUGACCAAGGGAAGAAAACUUUGCUACAGACUUAUUAGCAAAACAGGUGCUGGGUGUAAGUGAGGAAUUUAUGACCUCCACGUAAUUUUAAUUCAAUGAAGUGUGUUUCAAAAAAAAAAAAAAGACACUAGUCACACUACAAACUUGGUCUAUUUUGUUUCUAUCUCAAUGACAAAUACUGUUAUAACUUGGUCUACUUUGUGACUCAACGCUAUCUAAGACGUUUACAUUGAUUCUCCAGAUAUCAAAGUCAUCAUCCUGAUAACUUUAGUGAUUCAAAACCAGCUAAACAGGCUGGAAAGCCACAACCCAUUGUCAACAAAAAUACUAAUAACUGAUAUAGUUAAGGACCACAUAAUAUAAGUACGAGAUUUGGAGAUCCUGCAGAUUAAAAGAGACCAAGCUGUACCAACAGGUCAUAAAUAAUGUUAUCAAAAUAAAAGCCAAAUCGUAAACAAAUGAUGGUUCAAAUAAGGCUCAAGAUCCUAGGCGUUUCUGAUUGGAUUGGCUGUAACUAAAGUUUUGAAAAGUUCAAUAAAUAAAACAAGAGACUCACUAAAAAGUGGGAGUUUAAUAGUAAUUGAGGCUGUGCACAUAAAAUAAGGAUUAUUGGUUAAUCAUUGAAUACUGUGAUUUAUAGGUAGCAUAUGUCCAUUACGCAUCUGAGAGAUAUCAGAUGGUAUCAUAUCACAUCCGGUAAUAUGCGAGUGUGUGAAAACUGCAACAACAUAUAUAAAUCCAAAUAAACAAAUCAUAGCAUCUGUAUAUAACUUCGCAUAAGUUUUUUUGGUCAUAUAUAACUAAGUUAAAAGUACAAUUUAGUAGUAAGUAAUACCCUUAAUAUGCAACAGCAAAUAUGUACACAAUUGCUCAAAUUUCUCAACAAUUGAGGUUGUCAAUCAAGAGAUAUAUUCCUUAAUUUUUUAUAGAAUACAUUACUAAUUGAUAACAACAGAACAGCAAAGAUGUUUAAAAUCUACUACCAUUCAAUUGAAGAGUUUUAAAAGUGCUAAUUCCUAUUGCAACAAGUUUAAUGUUCUUUUCUUAGGAAAAACAAGAGCAUGUAUGUAAAGACAAAAUCACUGAGGAAAAUGGUAGCUUUAGAAGAUAAGAUUUUAAAAUCAAUCCUGUUUAAAGUGGGCAAAAAUAAAUCAUUUCAAUAUUCAAUAUUGGAGAAGUGAUAGUCCCUACACAAGCUUCUUGUGGUUGUAGAGACAUGUGGCAACGGCACAAUCAACACUAAUGGAUUCAUGUAGUUGGAUACGCUCUUUCUGGGUCCCAAAUCUCACUUGAAAAGAAGAAGAAAAUGCCACUUUCUUUGGAAACUCUUACUAAUCUACAAUUAUAAAGAAUUCUCAGUCCCCAAUCAGUAAUCAUAUCAAGCAUAUAUAUAAGACAAUUUUGUAUUCCCCUAAACAUUAAGAAGAAAAAACUAAACAGAGCAGAGAGAAUAGACCUUGAUUCAAAGCUUUUUCAAAGAGUAAUAAAAUGUCUUCAAAUGAAUUACCUUCUUCGGCCCAAGCCUUCCAUGAACAAGUCCUUAGUGCUUUUAUCUCUAGAAAGCUGCUUCUGCACAACACUCAACGAGCCCAUGCGGUCGCACCAACUCCUCCUAUAAGCCAUGAGAACAACGUCAGUGGUGCUGUCUUGGUGCUUCUCUCAGUCCUCAUCUGUGGAAUCAUCUUCUGCCUCGGGUUACAUUACCUCAUUUGUUUGGCAUUCAGACGCCAUUCAAGCUUCAUGAUCUCUGAGCCUGUCUCCAGUCUUUCAACACAACGUGAUCCAUCGCACAAAGGAAUCAAGAAGAAAGCUCUUAGGAUGUUCCCAGUCGUGAGUUACUCACAUGAGCUGAACCUCUCUGGGAUUGGUGAAGAGUGCGUCAUCUGCUUGUCGGAUUUUGUUUCCGGUGAAAAGCUCAGGCUGCUACCUAAGUGCAACCACGGGUUCCAUGUUUGUUGCAUUGACAAGUGGCUUCAACAACACUUGACUUGUCCAAAAUGCAGACACUCUCUUGUUGACACAUGCCAGAAGAUCUUAGGUGACUUCAGUCAAGCCGAUCAAGUGACAGCAAGACCAACAGAGAACGUUAUUGUCAGAAUAGCUCCUCUGGAACCUGAAGGAAGAGUAAACACUUUUAGAGAAAGCAGCUAAGUGCUCAGAAACGAUCAUUAAUCCUGAAUAUAUGCUCAAGCUAGAUAGGAGAUUUUAGAUCUGAGCAUUAUUCAUGUCUAUAUGAUUCCAAAAGAAUAUACAAACUCAGCAUAUUCUGAU